AUGUCUAUUAUCACGUUGGAACUCCCGGCCAGCUACGGCUACGUCCUUCUCACUGCCACGGCAUCCUUCUUUGUCAAUAGCUACCACAGCAUCACCACCGGCAAAGUCCGCAAGGCAGCCGAAGUCCCGUACCCUGUGGCUUAUGUCCCUACUGAAGUGGCUACCACGGGCUCCGCUGCAUACAAGUUCAACUGCGCCCAGAAGGCGCAUGCCAAUUUCACCGAGAACCAUACCUCGUUCCUGGGAGCACUUCUCAUUAGUGGUCUCCGCUUUCCUCUGGUGAGCGCUGGUCUUGGCGCUUGCUGGGUCGCUUCGCGCGUGCUGUACUGCCGUGGCUAUGUCAAAUCUGGACCCAAAGGCCGCAUGACCGGUGCUGGCGCAUCCCUCUUCGACCUUGUCCUGAAGUUCGUGGCGCUGUACACGUCUGUUACUUUCAUUCUCGAGAAGUAG